AUGUUCUACACCUUCACAAGCCUCUUUCUAUACUUCAGUCCUCGUCCCUCGCUGGCAGCUCAACAUCAUACAUCUCGCUGUCGCCCUAGUACUCCGUCUUGCUUGCUCUCUUGUCAAACCACCCAGCAACUAGCUUCCCGUACAUCGGCGCAUAUGCAACCCAACCUUGGAUCGCAUGCAGAAUCCACGACUGCACGGCUUUCUGCUGCUGCUACUGCUGCGCGAACAGCCUUAGAGACUGGAUCUCAUUGCAAUGGGAAGCUGGGGAAGAUUAGCCUUAUUCGAAGUGGUCUGACAUUGGACUCUAGAGGCAGGAGUGCUUUUGCAACGACUGCAUUCAAGCCGCUCUCCGGUCGGACUGUGAACAAUCAGAAUGAGAAAGGCGGCGGCGGAGGAGGCGACUGGGCCCGGAAAGCGAAGGCAAUGUAUCCCAAGCACCAUCCACACGCUGCUCAAGCUAUCCAACGCCAAUUCCAGUCUGUAUUGAGAGGCCACCUUCUACCAUCACGACCUCAGGACUGCAUCGCCUUGAAAACCUUCGCUCUAGACAUAUUGACAAAUGUGGCCAUGAUGGCUUACAAUGUGGCUGCCAGGACUGAGAAGAGCGUCGGACUACGCGGUUGCGUUCGUGGAAAUGGCAAGAUGCAUGUGGCUGGAAUGAUGCUAGCCAAACCUAUCGGCAUCAUCAGCCUCUGCGGAAGGCUCGUUGACUCCAAUUGCCGUGCUAACGUCGACUUCCCUACUCUCGCUUGCCAUCGCCGCCAACGGCAGCACAACAGCAGCUACUGGGCCUUAUAUCAUAAUCCAGGCCUUAGAUACACCGACGGCUUCUGCUCUUCACUCGCUCAGCAGGCUGCGUCGUCAACUUCGAUUGAUCAGAUAUCUCAGCCUCAUCUCGAGCUCACCUUACCGGGCAGUGGAACAAAGUGCUCUGCUUCCUGCUCCUCACUCCCCCCAGAAGCCCGUCCUCCUAGGCCAAGUCCUAACGCCGUCCUGGUCCAGCUAGCAUGCAUAACUCGAGUAUCCCUUCACACACUGAUCCUGGCUGAAGAGGAGAUAACUAUCUUUCAGUUUUGGUCAAGCCUUUGCUCAGCAAGUCGGCGAGGAUGUCUCAAGACCCGCCAUGCAGCAGAUGAAGCCAGAGAUCUGAUAUUGUCUGAUAUAAUAAUGAGUCUGUGCUCCAUCCUCCCUAAAAGCCCUGAACGCAAGAAAGAGCGCUGGUGUUCAUACUCGCAGACAUUGAUACAGAAGAGAGAGCGAGCAGAGCCAGGACCGGCCAUUAAUAGUCUACAGGUACCUCCUACCAAUCGCACAGAGCUGGUCGCAGGAGCCGCCCAACACGGUCUAGUCAUCGUACGCAGCGAAGUAUGCACCAUUGCUCUUGGCACAGCAGGAUGGCUUCCGGCUUUCAGCAGCCACAGUCGACAGAUUUUGAUCAUUCCUACUAGAAUAUUCAUCCUGACCGCAUGUCCCACGGGAAGUCAAAGUAUCGCUCUAAGAUUUCAUUCUGCUUUUCUUCUGCGCGAUCCCCGAGAUGUGCUCUUCCCAAACCACUUCGGGAAGCGACUCGAAAGCGAUUAUCAACCGUUUCAAAUACAUAUGACCUCUGCGCCGCUCAGCUCAAGCAUCGGCUCCCAGUCGCAUCGGAAUGGAUCAUAUGCCUCCAUCAAGGCAAAUGAUGGACCAGAAAUUCGAAGAUUACGAUCCCUUCGCAUAGAAGUACAGGUCAUUAGACACCACGCGGAGAGUGCUGUCCGCCCGUCUCCUGCCAGUCGACAAAUCUUCAUGCCUGGUAUACAUAGAAUCCACUGA